AUGGCCGAAUCAACGGAAGAUCCGGCCCUGGGCGUCAAAAUCUUUGCCAUCUUCGUCUUUUCCUCCAUCUCCAGCAUUCCUCCGUUCAUCCUCAGAACGGCUCAGUUGGAGAUGACCGAGCAGCGACAACGACUGUUUUCCUGGAUGAACUGUCUCGGUGGUGGCAUAUUCCUCGGCUUUGGCUUCCUGCACAUCCUGCCGGAGGCUGCACAGGACUUCAAAGCCGACACCAAUGGGUUCCCGCUUAUUUAUUUCCUGGCGCUGUGUGGGUUCAUGCUCAUCCUGCUCGUGGAGAAGUUCUUCACCUGGCUGAGCGAGCGAGCCAGCGGCAACAACAAGUUCGAGAAGAUCGAUGAUUCGGAGGAGCUCCAAGAUCUUGGUGCUGGCGAUCUUGACGACAUGGAGGCCGUCGGCGACGAGGACGCGCAGGCGAUUGUGCUGGACGGCGGCGACGAUGGUGACGCUGACGGCGCGGAACUCUCCGUCAAUGGCGACGCACCGGCCAUUAAGAAAGCGAAGAAAAAGAAGAAGAAGCACGGAACGACGCACCAGCACGACUCUGCCUCCCAUGGCCACUCGCAAGGCCACGGCCACUCGCACGGCCUCCCGUUGAACGUGGAAUCGCCGCUGCUGCCCUACAUCCUCACCGUCGGUCUCUCCUUCCAUUCGUUCUUCGAGGGUAUGGCGCUUGCUCUCACCCGCCGCUUCAUCACCGCCAUCGUCAUUCUCAUCGGCCUCGCGGUGCACAAGUCCGCCGAGACCUUUGCCAUCGGGGUCAAGCUCGUCAACACGAACAUCAGCAGCCGCAAGUGGGUGUGGCUCAUGCUCACCUACUCGGCCAUCACCCCGCUCGGCAUCGUGACAGGCAUCCUGAUCGAGAACUCGGUUUCGGCGAGCGCGUUGGAGAGUGUGUCGUCUGUCCUCCAGUCGAUCACUGUCGGUACCUUCCUGUACGUCGGCAUUCUGGGCACCGUGGUGGAGGAGUUCUCCACGCACAAGGGCAUCGUGCCCAAGGCCUGCCUCUUCUUCUUCGGCCUGUUGGCGAUGGGCCUGCUGAGCAUGCUGGACCCACCAGCGACCACGGCCAGAUGA